AGGGUGACAAUCUGUAAUUUACCCUCUUUGCGAACAGAGAGACACGCCACGCUUCCUUUAUGCGACAACCGAGUGAAUUUCUCUGCAUUCUGAAAGGACACCGGAAACCAGGUCCAUCUUUUUUAUGAUCAGAGAUCCGGCAGUAUGACAACUCCUCUACUCAAAGCUGUGACUCUCACACACGUUCGCUACCAAAAGGGCGACCGAUUGGGUCACUUCCUUGCAUGGGUUUCUUUGAUCCCUGUCUUCAUCAGCCUUGGUGGUUUCAUUUCUCAUUUUGUUUUUCGUCGAGAGCUUCAGGGCAUUUUCUUUGCCCUUGGCCUCCUCAUAUCUCAGUUUAUCAACGAAGUCAUUAAAAAAUCGGUUCAGCAGUCUCGGCCCGAGACAUGCAUGCUACUCGAGAUGUGCGAUUCCCACGGCUGGCCCUCCAGUCACUCUCAGUACAUGUUCUUCUUCGCAGUCUACUACACUCUUCUCAUGUACAAAGGAAUUGGGCUCGCCGGCGUGAGGAAGAAGUUCACUGUGGGGUUUAUACCUUGGUCUGUGGCCUUACUCACUAUGUAUUCUAGGGUUUACUUGGGGUACCACACUGUCGCACAGGUCUUUGCCGGUGCCACGCUUGGUAUUGCUCUGGGGGCCUUGUGGUUUUGGGUUGUCAAUUCUAUGCUUAUAUGCUAUUUUCCGGCAAUUGAAGAGAGUACAAUUGGGAGGAUGCUUUAUAUCAAGGAUUCUUCACACAUACCAGAUGUGUUGAAGUUUGAGUAUGACAACGCAAGAGCCGCUCGGGAGAAAUUGGCCUGCAAGUGUGCAACAGAUUAAAAAAUCUCAACCAUGCUGGUACCUUACCGUGGUCAAGAGUUGGGAAUUCAUGUUACCAUUUCAUUAAACGUCUGUACUUUCGGAAGGUGCAGAAUGACAAUGAGUAGCGGAAAAAAAUCUACUGUUUCAAGGAAUUAUCUGUACCGAGACACUUGCCGGUAUAUUUUUAUGUUAUUAUAUAUAUUCGUACAAGACUCCAACCAUCGUAGGCUCAUUUUAUGCAUUUUAUACUUAAAUUCUAAUUAAUAAUUAUAAUUAUUUCUUUAUCAUCAUCAUCAUCCAUGCUCUUAUGGCAAAUAUAUGUUUUCGGCUACAUAAAUCCUGAUUGGCCAAUCCGUUCUUUUUAAAGCCUUAUUUGAUUGGCAAGUUUGAUAUCCAUGUAAUGGUUAGAAUUCCAAAUAUAAUUCACAGAUCAGAUGGCUAAAAUUUAUUUCA